AUGAGACGUCCUUCGAGGCCGGGAUCAAGGUCCAGAUCCACAGCCAGAGUGAGCCGCCCUUCAUCGACCAGCUGGGCUUCGGAGUUGCGCCAGGCUUCCAGACCUUUGUGUCGUGUCAAGAGCAGCGGCUCACUUACUUACCCCCACCCUGGGGAGACUGCAAGGCCUCAGCUAUCAACUCGGACUUCUUCGACACGUACAGCAUCACCGCCUGCCGAAUCGACUGUGAAACGCGGUACCUGGUGGAGAACUGCAACUGUCGUAUGGUGCACAUGCCAGGUGAUGCCCCCUACUGCACCCCAGAGCAGUACAAAGAAUGUGCAGACCCAGCGCUUGAUUUCCUGGUGGAAAAGGACAAUGAUUAUUGCGUCUGUGAGACCCCCUGCAACCUGACCCGCUACAACAAGGAGCUCUCCUUCGUCAAGAUCCCCAGCAAAGCCUCGGCUAAGUACCUAGCCAAGAAAUUCAACAAGUCGGAGCAGUACAUCUC